UUGGGAGGUCAAAUAUCUUUCUCUGCACAGACACCRCAGGUUGGGGAACAAGUCCUGCUGUGGAGGGAAGGCCUACAACCCCAGCAGUGGCCAGAUGAAGUGCUGUGCAGAGACUCUGUACAACCUGCAGGUUCAGGACGGGCUCUCAGAGGAGGCCCAGUGCUGUGGGAAUGUCCUGAUGGAGGCCGGCUCCACCCAGACCUGCUGCUCUGCCCCAGGACUAGACCUGCUCUACCCUACCCAGCUAGGGUUCACCUGCUGUGGGCACCGCUACCCCAACUCCUCCCUGUGGUCUUGCUGUGCGGGGGUCCUGCACCCAAGGACUGAACGAAACACCACCAGCAUGAACAUGAUUCCAGGACUUAGGAUUCUACCACUGGGGGACCUGAAGACGAAAACGUUGUGUGACAACAAAGUUCUGCUAGGGACAGUGGAGAGUGUGUCUGUGAAGAUGAACAAGCGGUCCAUCGUGAUGGUGAACGUCAUGUCCAUGCAGGCCCGGCGUGGCCAUGUCAACGCUCUGCCUUCCCCUCACUACCUCACAUUACCCGACCACUGCAGCUCUCCUGAACUGGUGCCGGGCAACACUUACCUCUGGGCGAAAACAAGACAUUUCUCAGACACCAUAAACAUAAUCGCUGAUCUCAGCGACCAUUCCUCCCCUCUCCAUUCCAUCCUCUUAAGGUGCUCAAAAUGAUACAUUUAACCAUGCUGAGGGUAUACAGUGUUUGUUUAUAAAUAAUGGCACAAAAAAAGCAGUAACAUUUUACUUGACACCCAGUG